UGACAUUUGACAAUUUUGUUGUUUUUGCCCAAUAGAUUAUCAUGUGGGCUAUAAGUUUUAAUUUUUUAUAGUUGUUUACUAUGAAUUUGUUAUUAUAUAGCCUAUAAAUGCUAUGGGAAGCGAUGAAAAUAGCGUCCAUACGUCCAUCGCGCAUAUUGUGCUAUGCUGCGUGGCCGGGCGGGGGAUCAGCAACCUGCAGGGUAAAUCUUUCACCCACCCAGGAAUGCAUGCCAACUUCUUCAUACAUGGAAUACUGGGAAUCUUCCACUUCCAAAGCAACUUACUCGACAACGACUUUAAAGCAGCCUACCUCAUCAGCUUAUCCGCGACCCGCUACCUGGCUCUACCCUGUUUGAACGCAGACCUUCGGAGGAGCGACCAGGCGAUAGCAUCUCUACACUUACUGUCAGGAGUGAUCCCCUUCGCACUGGCUUUAGCUGGACAGGACAAUGUGGUCUUAGGAAACCUGGUGAUUGCCGGCAAUAUAAUCUCCCUGUGCCACUAUUCAAUGCAAAAUAAUCGUGAGUGGGGGUGGUAUACCGCAGCCGCUAGUGUAGUAGCUUACUUUCUGAGCCCAGCGACCAAACAGAAAGUUCUUUAUCCUCUGACAUUGGGUCUCAUGGAGUAUUGUGCGUACAGAGUGUUCUGCAUUCAUUUUCAACCACCACCACCACCGCAAGGCAGACGUUGAUUUUUGAUUGGUCUUUGAAAUAUAUUCUUUUUUUACUACA